AUGUCCGCCUCGGAGAGGUCGCCGCUACUAGCGGGGACUGAGGACCAGAGCGCAAGCGCCAGUCGAUCGGAGAUCACCCCCCUACUCUCCCGCGCCGAUGGCGCCGGUGGUUAUGAUGCUGGUCUCCCCCGGGAUCACGACAGUGCUUCAUCGAUCCGAUCGCGAGCCAGUCGGACAUCGUCAAAAACGGCCGAAAAGUCAUCUCGACGGUGGCCUUCGAUAAUUGCAAUAGUUACCUUAGCCCUCAUAUCAGUGGGGAUAAUCAUUGGCGCUUUCUUUGUGCCCGCAGCGUUGGAAGAGUACACGAAGGAGGCUGCUGUCAUCGAGCCUACAAACCUGUCACUGCAGUCCAUUUCUGCCAAGGGUGUGCACGCCCGUAUACAGGGCAACAUUCGUGCCGACGCUUCCCGAGUCAAAAAUGCACACGUACGGCGGCUGGGCCGGACGCUGGCGUGGGUUUUCCGGCGCCUAGGCUCCGAUGGCAGGACGACAUUCAGAUGCUACCUACCCGAGUAUGACAACAUGUUACUGGGGACAGCCGAGAUCCCCCCCAUGGUCCUGACAAUUGUGGACAACUACAACAAUAAGGUGGAUUUUGUUGCCGAACUGGUGCCAGGCGAUCCAGAGGUUGUCCGCGUCAUCGCGAAUGACUGGCUCAAGGGCAGGUUGACCCGUCUUCGACUGAACGGCGUGGGCGAUGUCCAACUCAGAACCUGGUUUCUUCCUCUGGGCACUGUCACGCUGUCUGAUUCCAUGGUCUUUGAAGGUCAGGAUCUCUACCGCUCCUUUGCUUCGUUGUAUUUUGGAGAAAAGUUCCUGUCUUAG